CUAUUCCUCCCACUGACACCAAAGAGGGGGCACUAACCUCCCACUGACACCAAUGAAUCGGGGCACUAUUCCUCCACUAUACCUGAUGGGGCACUAUUCCUCCCACUGACAGUAACCUUCCACUGACACCCCAAUGAUGGGGCACUAUUCCUCCACUGACACCAAUGAUGGGGCACUAUUCCUCCCUCUGACACCAAUGAUGGGGCACUAUUUCCUCUAUCACUGCUCUAAUUCCCUUGACCUCAAUGAUGGGGCACUAUUCCUCCCACUGACACCAAUGACGUAGGCACUACUCCCUCAAUAACUGAAGGCAACCCUCCUCUGUAAAAUUACAGUUAUGAAGUAGCA